UUAAAGCAACACCGAAAGAAAAAAAAUGCCUUCAGGCGUCCUAUUACAGUGGAAGGAGCCAAGGAUCAGGAUUUGCAGCUCAGCUAUAUAAACCCGGCAGGAUCGGGCUGAUGUGACCAGUUUGCUUUGCUGUCAAAGCUCUCCGUGCUUCACACGCUCGCACCCGGCAUCAGGCAGCGCAACUUCGCCGAGUUUUGACAGGACGGCAACAAAGUCGGGAGCCGGGAGCUGAUUGAACAUCUUAUUUAUUUCAUGGAGACUGCGCCCAGCGGGAUCUAAGCUCCGGCAGAGGCUGGAAGGGACCAAGUGUGCCAGCAAAGAAAAGGAUACCCAGCUUGGCUUGAAGUGGCUCUCCAAUUUCUGCUCCAGAUUACAAAGGCCAAACAGACAUAAGACUCUCCCAGCUGGAAACAGGACCCGAGCAGCGCCAUGGCACUGCCCAGCCGGGUUUUGGCCUGUGCCAUCCUCGCUCUGCUGUGCCAGCACGUCAGGGGGGGGCUCAUCAAGAGAAUCAUCCGGCACAAGCGGGAGACCGGGCUCAACGUGACCCUGCCGGAGGACAACCAGCCCGUGGUUUUUAACCACGUCUACAACAUCAAGCUGCCCAUGGGCUCCCUCUGCUCCGUGGACCUGGACGCGGCGAGCGGUGACGCGGACCUGAAGGCGGAAAUCGAGCCGGUCAGGAAUUCCGAGGAGCACACGGUGAACGAGGGGAACCAGAUCGUCUUCACGCACCGGAUUAACAUUCCCCGGCGGGCCUGUGGCUGUGCAGCUGCCCCAGACAUUAAGGAUCUGCUGAGCAGACUAGAGGAGCUGGAGGGGCUGGUAUCCUCCCUACGGGAGCAGUGUGCCAGCGGCGCUGGAUGCUGUCCCAAUUCCCAGGCAGCAGAAGGUCGCCUGGACACCACCCCCUACUGCAGCGGGCACGGCAACUGGAGCGUGGAGAUCUGCGGCUGCGUGUGCGAGCCGGGCUGGAAGGGCCCCAACUGCAGCCAGGCCUCGUGUCCCUCCGACUGCAACGACCAGGGCAAGUGCGUGGACGGGCUCUGCGUGUGCUUCGAGGGCUACACGGGCCCGGCCUGCGGCGAGGAGCUCUGCCCCUGGGGGUGCGGCGCCCACGGGCGCUGCGUGGGCGGGCGCUGCCUGUGCCACGAGGGGUUCACCGGCGAGGACUGCGGCGAGCCCCUGUGCCCCCACAACUGCCACGGCCGCGGGCGCUGCGUGGACAGCGAGUGCGUGUGCGAGGAGGGCUACACCGGGGAGGACUGCGGGGAGCUCAUCUGCCCCAACGACUGCUUCGACCGCGGGCGCUGCCUCAACGGGACGUGCCUGUGCGAGGAGGGCUUCACCGGGGACGACUGCGGGGAGCUCGCCUGCCCCAGCGACUGCCACGGCCACGGGCGCUGCGAGAACGGGCUGUGCGUGUGCCACGAGGGCUUCGUGGGCGACGACUGCGGCGAGAAGAGGUGCCCCAACGACUGCCACCACCGCGGGCGCUGCGUGGGCGGGCAGUGCCAGUGCCACGAGGGGUACCUGGGCGAGGACUGCGCCGAGCUGCGCUGCCCCAGCGACUGCCACGGCCGCGGGCGCUGCGUGGACGGGCAGUGCGUGUGCGACGAGGGCUUCGUCGGGGAGGACUGCGGGGAGCUGCGGUGCCCCCAGGACUGCAGCAACCGCGGGCUCUGCGUGAACGGGCAGUGCCAGUGCCACGAGGGCUUCACCGGGGACGACUGCGGGCAGCUGCGGUGCCCCAACGACUGCCAGGGCCGCGGGCUGUGCGCGAACGGGCAGUGCGUGUGCGACGAGGGCUUCACCGGCGAGGACUGCGCGGAGCUGCGGUGCCCCCAGGACUGCCACCACCGCGGGCGCUGCGUGGAGGGGCGUUGUGAGUGCGACAACGGCUUCACCGGGGAGGACUGCGGCGAGCUGGCCUGUCCCAACGACUGCCACCAGCGCGGGCUCUGCGUGGACGGGCGCUGCGUGUGCCAGGAGGGCUUCGUGGGCGAGGACUGCCGGGAACGGGCCUGUCCCAGCGACUGCAGCAACGCCGGGCGCUGCGUGGACGGGCGGUGUGUCUGCGAGGACGGGUACAUGGGCGAGGACUGCGCUGAUGUGUCUCCUCCAACCGAGCUGACGGUGACCAACGUGACGGAUAAAACUGUCAACCUGGAAUGGAAACACGAGAAUCCUGUCAAUGAGUACCUGGUCACCUACGUCCCCACCAGCACCGGGGGCUUGGACAUGCAGUUCACUGUGCCAGGAAACCAGACAGCUGCCACCAUCCACGAGCUGGAGCCGGGGGUGGAAUAUUUUAUCCGGGUCUUUGCCAUCCUUAAAAACAAGAAGAGUAUCCCAGUCAGUGCCAGGGUAGCCACAUAUCUCCCUGCUCCAGAGGGUUUGAGGUUCAAAUCUGUUCGAGAAACGUCCGUCCAGGUGGAGUGGGACCCUCUGAACUUUUCCUUUGAUGGCUGGGAGCUGGUCUUCCACAACAUGAAAAAGGAUGAUAAUGGAGAUAUAACCAGCAGCUUGAAAAGGCCAGAGACAUCUUACAUGCAGCCAGGUUUGGCACCUGGGCAACAGUACAAUGUGUCCAUUCAUGUAGUGAAAAACAACACCAGAGGACCUGGACUGUCCAAAGUGAUAACAACAAAGCUUGAUGCCCCCAGCCAGGUCGAGGCAAAAGACGUCACGGACACCACAGCCCUCAUCACAUGGUCCAAACCCCUGGCUGAAGUUGAAGACAUAGAGCUCACCUAUGGCCCCAAGGACAUCCCAGGGGACAGGACAACCAUUGAGCUCUCUGAAGAUGAAAAUCAAUAUUCCAUUGGAAACCUGAGGCCGCACACAGAGUAUGAAGUGACACUUGUCUCUCGUCGAGGGGACAUGGAAAGUGACCCUGUGAAAGAAGUGUUUGUCACAGACUUGGAUGCUCCCAGAAACCUGAAGCCAGUGUCCCAGACAGACAACAGCAUCACCCUGGAGUGGAGGAACAGCCACGCCAACGUCGACAACUACAGAAUCAAGUUUGCCCCCAUCUCUGGUGGAGACCACGUGGAGAUCACGGUGCCAAAGGGCAACCAAGCCACAACCAGAGCUACACUCACAGGUUUGAGGCCUGGAACUGAAUAUGGCAUUGGAGUGACAGCAGUGAGGAACGACAGGGAAAGUGCCCCCGCUACCAUCAACGCUGGCACUGAUCUUGAUAACCCCAAGGAUUUGGAAGUCAGUGACCCCACUGAAACCACCUUGGCCCUUCGCUGGAGGAGACCGGUGGCCAAGUUCGACCGCUACCGCCUCGCUUACACCAGUCCCUCUGGCAAGAGGGGCGAAGUGGAGAUCCCGGUGGACAGCACCUCCUUCAUCCUCAGAGGGCUGGAUGCAGGCACAGAGUACACCAUCAGCCUGGUGGCAGAGAAGGGCAGGCACAAAAGCAAACCCACGACUGUCAAGGGUUCCACUGAGGAGGAACCCGAGCUUGGGAAGCUGUCAGUCUCCAAGGCUGGCUGGGAUGGUUUCCAGCUCACCUGGACAGCAGACGACGGGGCCUAUGAGAGCUUUGUCAUCCAGGUGCAGGAGGCUGGGAACCCCGAGGAGAGCCGGAAUGUCACAGUCCCGGGGGGGCUGCGCUCUGGGAAUGUCACAGGCCUCAGGGCCAACACCCCCUAUAACAUCACACUCCACGGGGUGAUCAGAGGCCGCAGGACCACCCCCCUUUCUGUUGAGACCACCACAGGAGAGCACCCCGAAGUUGGUGAGCUCAUGGUUUCCGACAUUACUCCCGAAAGCUUCAACCUUUCCUGGACAACCAGCGGGGCCUUCGACGCCUUUACUAUUGAAAUUAUUGAUUCUAACAGGUUGCUGGAGCCCAUGGAGUUCAACCUCUCAGGCAAUUCAAGGACUGCUCAUAUCUCAGGGCUUUCUCCCAGCACUGAUUUCAUUGUCUACCUCUCUGGGAUCUCUCGUGGUUUCCGCACACAGGCAAUAAGUGCUGCAGCUACAACAGAAGCAGAACCCGAGGUCGACAACCUCCUGGUUUCAGAUGCCACCCCGGAUGGAUUCCGCCUCUCCUGGACUGCAGAUGACGGGGUUUUCAACAGUUUUGUUCUAAAAAUCAGGGAUACCAAGAGGAAAUCCGACCCACUGGAGCUGAUAAUCCCAGGCCACGAGCGCACCCAGGACAUAACAGGGCUCAAAGAGGGUACUGAGUACGAGAUUGAGCUCUAUGGACUUAGCAGUGGACAACGUUCCCAGCCUGUAAAUGCAGUAGCAACCACAGUUGUGGGGUCUCCCAAGGGAAUUUCUUUCUCGGACAUCACGGAAAACGCUGCCACAGUGAGCUGGACCCCCCCCCGCUCCCGCGUGGACACCUUCAGGAUCUCCUACGUCCCUGUCACGGGAGGAACUCCAAACGUUGUUACAGUCGAUGGAAGCAAGACAAGGACCAAGCUGGUGAAGCUGGUCCCGGGUGUGGAUUACAAUGUCAGCAUCAUCUCUGUGAAAGGCUUUGAGGAGAGUGAACCCAUCUCUGGCAUCCUGAAAACAGCUCUGGACAGCCCCUCAGGCCUGGUAGUGGUGAACAUCACCGACUCUGAGGCUCUGGCAACCUGGCAGCCAGCAAUUGCUGCUGUGGAUAAUUAUGUGGUGUCCUAUGCUUCUGAGGAAGAGCCAGAAGUCACGCAGAUGGUGUCAGGGAACACUGUGGAGUAUGACCUGAAGGGCCUGCAGCCUGCCACCGAGUACACGCUGAGCGUCCACGCGCUGAAGGACGCGCAGAGGAGCGAGACCCUCUCCACGCAGUUCACCACGGGACUGGAUGCUCCAAGGGAUUUAAGUGCCACUGAGGUUCAGUCAGAAACAGCUCUGAUGUCUUGGAGGCCUCCACGUGCUCCAGUCACUGGGUAUCUCCUGAUUUACGAGUCCAUUGAUGGCAGAGUCAAGGAAGUCAUCCUAAAUCCUGAUACAACUUCCUACAGCCUGGCAGAGCUGAGCCCAUCCACCCAGUACACAGUGAAGCUCCAGGCCUUAAGUGGAUCCCUGAGGAGCAAAACAAUCCAGACUGUUUUCACCACAACUGGGCUGCUCUACCCUUACCCCAAGGACUGCUCCCAGGCCCUCCUGAAUGGAGAAGCCACCUCUGGGCUCUACACAAUUUAUGUGAACGGGGACAAGGCUCAACCUCUGCAGGUCUUCUGUGACAUGGGCGAGGACGGGGGCGGAUGGAUCGUGUUCCUGAGGCGUCAGAAUGGGAAGGAAGAUUUCUACAAGAACUGGAAGACUUAUGUGGCAGGUUUUGGAGAUCCCAAGGAUGAAUUCUGGAUAGGCCUGGAGAACCUGCACAAAAUCACUUCUCAGGGGCAGUACGAGCUGCGUGUGGACCUGAGGGACAAGGGGGACACAGCCUAUGCUGUCUAUGACAGGUUCAGUGUGGGGGAUGCCAAGAGCAGGUACCGCCUCAGAGUGGAUGGGUACAGUGGCACAGCAGGUGACUCCAUGACCUACCACAACGGGAGGUCCUUCUCCACCUUUGACAAGGACCAUGAUUCUGCCAUCACCAACUGUGCUUUGUCAUACAAAGGUGCUUUCUGGUACAAGAACUGCCACCGGGUCAAUCUGAUGGGCAGAUACGGGGACAACAGCCACAGUCAGGGCGUGAACUGGUUCCACUGGAAGGGCCACGAGUACUCCAUCGAGUUUGCAGAGAUGAAGCUGAGACCCUCCAGCUUCCGGAACCUGGAAGGCCGACGGAAGCGAGCGUAGAGCCCCGGGGAGGGCAGGGGGCGGGGGGGACGGACGGACGGACGGACAGGGGGGUG